AUGAAUAUGUAUCAGUUAGUACAAACUGCACCAAGUGAUAUAUACGUCAGAGGUGUGAAAUUUUCAAAACCGUGUCCUGAAGAAAACUACAGAUAUCAUAAUGCAACUGGCUAUUUUCUGUGUGUUGUUGAAACAGCUAAAACAUGUCGUGAUCUCUGUCAACAACUUGGAUGUAAUGAUCGAUAUUUCAUGGGUGUUAUUCCAUCAAAAAGUGAUAAAAUCAAGCGUAAUUAUCGUUGUCGUUGUUUUCCAGAAUAUCAUGUCUGCUUUUAUAAUCCAUUACCAAAAAGAAUUCAUGAUAUUGAUUAA